AUGCGUGCCCUUCUGCCGAUCUUCGUGCUGGCUGCCGCCCUGUGCCUGAUUGAGGCCAAAAUGCAGAGCGUCUCCGUCAAGGGAGUCACCAUCUGCAACAAGAAGCGCCUGGCCAACGUCAAGGUCGAGCUGUUCGACCGUGACACCCUUGACCCGAACGAUCUCCUCUCGACCGUCACCACCAACAGCGAGGGCGAGUUCGAGAUCACCGGAGGAGAGGACGAGGUCGGCAAGAUCGAGCCCUUCAUCAGGAUCACCCACAACUGCAACACCAAGGAGGGAUGUGCCCGCAUCGGCGAGUACGAGGUCCCCCAGACGCACAUUGACGCCGCCCCCUACGACAUGACCUACGUCAACCUCGACAUCUACGUCAAGGGCGAGAAGGAGAAGUGC